AUGAGGCGAGCUGCUCGACAUCUGUGUAAAACGACUGAUGCGCUCUUGUCCAGGCGGUUGAUGCGCACACAAAGCGCGGCGAACACCACCACCGUAACAACCCCGAGAACGACGACGACGACGACGACGACGACCGCUGCUUUUGUUCUCGCAGCCAUGAUGCGAACAAAAGGGGGUCCGCGUCGAACGGGACCAAGUCGUCAUCAAAAGAAGGCGCGAUGCUUCGCCUCCUCCGCCUCCCAAGCGUCGUCGUCGAAAGUACCUUUGGAGCAAGAAAUCCCACUCCUGGCGACGACCACGUUCGUCGGCAUCGCGGUGGCGAGCUUCUGGCGAGGCGCGUGGUACGUGCUCGACGAAACCGUGUUCCCUUCGAGCGAAUUAAAAUCCGGCAUGGCGUGCUUCCUCGGAGGCGUCAGUGGGCUGGCGACGAGCCAACACGUGAAACUGAUGAUGAUGCGAGAACACGUAGGCGCGGCGACGAGGAGCGCAAGGAAACGAGUGAUACUGUUUUCACCGCCGACGUACUUCGUCGGCUUGAGCUGCGUGUUGUUUUGGCGAGGGGUGUGGUGCUUAUGGGAUAGCGCGACGGACGCGUAUUUUAGUCAUAGAAGUAGUAGUAGUAGUAGCGAGAAGGAGGAGGAGGAAAACGUUUCAUCCUCGUAUUCGCCAAAGUUGAAAUCAGGCAUCCUGUCGCACGCGUUUGGUGCAACCGCGCUCGUUUCCACGGGGUUUUUAGCGUCGGCGGCGUGCCCUCCGGCGGGGUUAUGGGUGGCGAGAGACGCGGCGACGGCGGUGCGAGUCGCGCGUUUAGCCGCGCUGAGACGGUGA